AACGAGCGAGCCGUCCGUCAUUCGCUGUUGAAAGUUGGAUUCGUCCGGAUGUAAAGUGAAAUCACGCGUGUUUGUUUAAUCAUAAAACUGCCGAUUUUGUUGGAUUAUUUAGAUUUGGUGCAUAAAUUGGGUGUGUUCAGUGCCUGAAAAUCAUUGUCGGAACAAGCUAGCGUCCGGGCGUUACCGAGAAAUUCGAUUUCGGAAGAUUUAUUUUUGGUAUCCUAGCUGGUGUUUGUGCGUUUCAGCUGCUGCGGCUGCAACAAAAGGAAAAUGGACGACAUCGAUGAGUUCUUCGAUUUCAGCAAGCCAUUCAACCGGGUGGUGAUCUCCGGAGGCUAUUGCAAUGCCACCGUCGUCGAGGAUAAGACCCUCUUCAACAAGAUGCCGGAGAGGGAGAAGAUGGGCAAGGAAUACGCCGGCAAGUUUAUCAAGGAGGAAGAAAGCCAGCUGAUCAAUGCUUUCUUGGAUGAAGCGGCUGGUCCAUCGACUUCACGCACUUCCAACCUAGAGGAUGUUGAUGACGAAAUGUCGCUAGCGGAUGAAGAUGAGGAGCACGCCAAAGCGCUCAAGGCCAAAGAGAUGAUGCUUCCUCUCUUCCAGAAGUACAAUUUCACGCUGAAGCCGAACAAGCUGCCGAUUCGUCAUACGAAGGACGACAUAUUGUCACGAAUUCGGGAGAAUCCGGUUGUCGUGCUGGAAGGUCCUACAGGAUGCGGUAAGACUACUCAGGUACCACAGUUUAUCCUGGAGGAAGCCUACCAACGGAAAGAGUAUUGCAACAUCAUUGUGACUCAACCGCGAAAGAUUGCUGCCAUGUCCAUUGCGAAGCGAGUUUCGGAGGAAAGGAAAUGCGAGCUCGGAUCUUUGGUCGGAUUCAAAGUUGGCCUGAAGGAGUGCAUCUCUCCCGACACGAGAUUGCUCUAUUGUACGACAGGAGUGCUGCUGCAGUCACUGAUCAACUCCAAGUCGAUGGCCAAUUACACUCACGUCAUUUUGGAUGAAAUUCACGAACGCGAAGUCGACAUGGACUUUUUGCUGAUUGUCGUGCGACGAUUCCUAGCCACAAACUCCUCCAAAACCAAAAUUAUUCUCAUGUCAGCAACAAUCGAUUCCAAAUCCUUCGCGGAAUACUUCAAAACUCCAAAGAAAGUCGGAUAUCUAACGGCGCCUAUCAUCUCAGUUGACAGACCACGACUGUUCAAUGUCAAAGAGUUCUACUAUGACGAUCUGGACAAACUCCGGACAGACUUUGCCAUCGAUUACGAGAAUCCAGGAAUUUCCUCUCACAUGUACACGGUGGCAGCCAAGUUGGUGCUGGUGUGCGAUCGGCUGAUCGAAAACAUUCACGGGGAGGAACGCAUGGAGUAUAAACCGACGGUUCUAAUUUUCCUUCCCGGUAUCAACGAGAUUGAUCGCAUGGACCGUGUGCUGAGGGAAACUUUGUCUCGAAUUGCCAAUCCCAGCGAGAAACCGAAUUUGGAUAUCCAUCGGCUGCAUUCGAUUCUUCCUGCGGAUGAACAGGUAAAAGUGUUCCGCAAGCCAGCUCCCGGACAGCGCAAAGUAAUUCUAUCGACCAACAUUGCCGAAAGUUCCAUCACCGUGCCCGACGUCAAAUUCAUCAUCGAUUUCUGCCUGCAGCGUGUCCUAUUCACCGAUACUACUACCAACUUUUCCACGCUCCGAACGGAGUGGGCAUCCCAGGCAAAUUGCAUCCAGCGACAGGGUCGUGCCGGUCGUGUCAUGGAUGGUCGAGUUUAUCGACUUGUCGAUCGUCGGUUCUACGAGAAUCAAAUGCGUUUCUCAACCUCGCCGGAAAUUCUUCGCUGUCCGUUGGAGAAUGUGGUCCUGAAGGCCAAACUGCUGGAAAUGGGUCCGCCCCAUUCGAUUCUGGCGCUGGCCAUGAACCCACCCGAUCUGAGUGACAUCCGUAACACAGUUUUGCAACUGAAAGAAUUGGGUGCUUUGGUCCAGACGGUGAAAGGCAACUACGAGCAGUUGGAUGGAGAUUUGACCUACAUGGGACGCAUCAUGGCCAAACUGCCUUUGGAUUUACGCAUUUCAAAGCUCAUUAUUUUGGGAUACAUCUUCAGCGUGCUGGAGGAAUCGAUCAUAAUAGCCGCGGGUAUGAACGAGAAAAACAUUUUCCUCAAUCAGAAUUCGGUCAGGGGGUACUCGCAAAAGAUGUAUUGGGCGGACGGAUCCGGAAGCGACGGAAUUGCCAUAUUGAACGCCUACAUUGCCUGGAGGAGCCGAAAGGAACAGGCAGGAAACGAAAGCGACAUGGCCAGCUGGACCCGCCGAAUGUCGCUGGAUAUGAAGUGUCUUAUGGAUAUGGCCGAAUUGAUCCGCGAAAUCAAGGAUCGUUUGAGUCAUCUCGAUAUGAAGGAAGUUUCCGGACCGGGUCGAGUUGUGUGGUCGUCUCGGGAGAAAACCGUCAUUCUCAAGGUCAUUAUGGCCGGAGCUUUCUAUCCGAACUACUUCAUUCCGAUGUCGGUCGGUGGAAAGGAACUGAUGGAGCGUCAAUCGUUUACCGAGCUGGGUGGCCGCGAUCCCUGCAACACGGUGUUCUUCACCGGGUUCGACCACGAGAAGUACAUCGGACCGCUGUACACUCUGCAGAUCAAGAAGCUGCUCAGCGAGGGUGAUUCCUCCAAGCACCAGAACAUGAAGGUCAUGUACGAUCGGACCACCAAUCGUAUCUUCGUAACGUUCCUGGGCAGCAACGAUGAGCACGACCAGCGGGGAGCGUUCAUGCCCGGAAAAGUUCACGCCGACGUGUACCGCGCUAUCAAAUUGCGUAAACUGGGUUCUCGUAACAGAAUCAUGGAAAUCCGGACCAUGCGCCAGCGGGAUGCUAUCGAGUUUGCGACGGAAAUGAAUCUUGGCCACUGGGAAGAUGCCAAUGGAUGGGUUCCGCGUCGGAAGGUGAUCCGCAACGCACAUCUCUCGGUGAUUCCGGCCAUCCAUCAGCCCAGUAUGGUGUGCCAGGUGACGAACGUGAUUCACUGUAAUAAAUUUUAUCUGCGCCCGGAGGAUACGAAAAACAAGGACAUUUUCGGGGAUAUUCAUUCCAAGUUGAACUCCAGAGGAUACAGGCUUGAGCGGUUCGAUCCGGAGUGGCAGUUUGCCGUGGGUCAAAUGGUGGCUGCUCCACUCGAAGAGGGUAGCGAACGAUAUGCACGUGCAGUUUUGAAGAGUUACAAGAACAUCCGGAGCACAGGCGAUGUAAUGUGGACAGUCUUUUUCCUGGAUUACGGACAUUCGUCUGUAUUGGGGCAAUCUGCUUUCCGGAAGUUGGAAGGCCCGCUGGAGUACAUGAAAGAAAUUCCACAGCGCGUUUUUGAAGCCACACUGUCCGAAAUCCAACCAUCGGCCAUCAUUUCUCCGCAGGGUAUCUGGACCGCACAGUCCAUCAAUCGGUUCAAGGAAAUGACUUUGGGAAAAAUCUUCGUCGUUGAUAUCUACUCGGUGGUCAACAAUGUGGCCAGCGUUGUCCUGAAGAAGGGAGACGAAGUUCCGAUAAAUUCCGAACUCAUCCGGCUGAAGUUCGCUCAGUACGCCGAAGAGAGCUACAUUUCCAAGCUGGAUCACGACAUGCGCGAGCGCAAACAACGGGAAAUGUCCCUAGACGAGGACGUUCGAUACGAAGUGUAUCAUGCGUCUAAAAACAACCAGCUCAAAUACGAAGAAGAUGACCUGGAGGAUGUUUCCCCUCCGGAAGAAAAACUACGCUGUAAAGUUAUGCUUUCCGGUCCACACAGCCCUCUGGAAACAACAGCUUCCUCGACUGUCCGUUCCGGAGUGAUGAAACCGGUUUCGAUCGAGAGCGACUCGGUGAACUCCAUCUUGUUGGAUUCCAAUCCGCAGGACACACACGAAAAGAUGCUCGUCGGAGCGUUCGUCCACGAGCAGGGCAACCGGUUAAUUCUCCGACAGGCUUCCAUGAUGCCGAACAUUCCAGGUUUUGGACCUCUGAUGGCACUGAUUUUCUGCCCCACCUGUCAGCUGAAGAAAGACGAGGAAGAAACACGCGUGGUAUCCGUCCUGACGGGAUUGGGCUGCGAUAAAAACACCGGAGAAUCGCUGUUCCCCGAACAUGAUUUGGCGCUGACGCUGGAUGUCGUUCUGACUGACGACGAUAUCACGGAGAUCAACGCCCUGCGUUACACGAUGGACACCAUCCUGCACACCGACCAGGACCAAACUGUGCCCAAGUUCGGGGACGUUUCCAUCGAAAACCUGAAAGCCAAAGUGAAGCAGUACAUAAUUAAAAUUUUGGAGCACGAGCGCAAGUUCAUGGACAUUCGCCACGCGCCGAACGAUUACGACUGGAAGCUGGUCGAAGCAGACAAUGCCGCCGCGGCCUCAUCCUCGGUGUCGAAGAAACGUAAACAGGACUUCAACAUUUACGACAAUGCCAUCUACCCGUUGCUACCUCCGCUCGGUUUGCUUCCGGUCAGCGCCAAACAGCUGGACUUCCUGAAGCGUCAUUGCCGCGAGUUGCACAAACUGGCACUCACAGAUGUCAACCUACCGCGUCACGGUAUCACGUGUCAAAUGUGCAACACCAUCCUGGAAACGUUGCCGCAGUUGCGCAUCCAUCUCUACUCGAAGUUGCAUCGUGAUCGCGAAUCGCAGAUCAAGUUCCGAUAGGUUGAUCCCACCGGUCAUCGCGGUAGUGAUUUGAGUUUUAUGUUUCUCUUACCUGAUUAUAGCUUUUAAGUUUCAUGUUGAGAAUGAAUUUCUCUUCUUAUUUUCAUUUUUAAAUUUCCUAACUAUUACUUUAUACUUAACGUUACUACCUACAUGUGCUCUGUUACAUAGAGUGAACUAAAUUUUCAACCUUGAAGCAAUGAGACUGGACGUGGAACGAUGUUUCUAGAUACGGUUCUGAAUACUUGAAUGAUAAUGAUGCAUAAUGAUGAAAUAUCAUGAAAAAAAAACAUGCUGACAUGUUACGUCAACGUAAAGGUAACUAGUUAUACUUAUAUAUUAAAAUACUUUCUCUGUUCCAGCUGGAAUAUCAAGAUAAAUACAAACCAUUCGUGCACAAUAUUAA